AUGACGAAACCCCUUGUAUAUAAAGCGUCUAAUAGUAUCUUCUUUGUUUCAGCCCUUUCUCCCGACUUCAUCCUCAAUGCUUCAGCGAGUGCAUCCCCAAGCAACGGCGAUGUCCAAGCGGUUGACAGCAAGCGAACCGCCGCUGAAACAGAAGCUGCACACGACCUGCUAUCGCUGUCGCAGAGUCUGCCGCCCCUGCCUGCCCCUAGUGUCGUGAUGAUUCACCAUACGGUGCCCUCAGAAGAUGAUCCACCAAGUCCCACGCACUGCUAUAGGCCGCUUUCACCUGAAACUACGGCCCCCGUCAGCACUCGGCGAACCUCUGGAAGGACAAAAUCAGCACACCAGCCGGCUAAAACACCCACCCCUACCACUACUACCCCUGCCCCUGCCCCUACUCCUUCACCGCCUCCUCCACCUCCCCCAGUACAGCAACAGCCAACUGUGAUCGUCCAAAACUCUCAAGUGGUGAUGCCCUGUUAUACGCCACCUAUCGUAUACGUGGUCCAAAUGCCAGCUACCGUACCUACACCUCCCACAUCCGAGUGCUCUAGUGAUGCUGAGAACCUGCAGGUCUGUAAUGUGGAAAGGUUAGCAAGCUCUAGUGAUGACAUAAUCAUCUUGCCACUUUCGCCUGAACCGGACAUCCAAACCAAUCAAGACAUCAUUCAGAAGGUCGACGUGGUUGCCACCUCACAUCUAGAGAUUCCGGAUAGACGAAAAAGGAAAAACAGAGGAAAAUCCAGGUCCAAGAGCAGCUCAGAUGAUGUGGAUGUUAGCUCGUCAGAGUUCAAUACUGCUUCAAGAGUGAAAUUCUACAAAGUAGUAGAAGAAGACCAAGAAGAAGAGAUCGAUGUCGAGGGUAUAGAAGAUUCCUUGAAAAACCGGUACAUCUGUACUGAAUGUGGGAAACAGUACGCUACUUCAAGUAACCUGUCUAGGCACAAACAGACGCAUCGCAGUCUUGAUUCGCAGGCGGCCAAAAAAUGUAACACGUGCGGUAAGGCGUACGUCAGCAUGCCGGCACUUGCAAUGCAUCUGCUCACACACAAGCUGGCCCAUGGAUGCGAAAUAUGCGGGAAGCAGUUCUCAAGGCCGUGGCUGCUUCAAGGUCAUCUAAGGUCACAUACCGGGGAGAAACCGUACGGCUGCGCGCAUUGCGGGAAAGCGUUUGCUGAUAGAUCGAACCUUCGCGCACAUAUGCAGACGCAUUCAACAGACAAAAACUACAGCUGUUCGAAGUGCAAGAAGACGUUCGCCCUCAAGUCGUACUUGAAUAAACACCAGGAAUCCGCGUGUACAGUCUACACGAAGUACUGUAAGAGAGCAGCCACGGCACACGCUGAGACACAAACCGUACAAACGAUCACUGUCGACUAGAACCUGAAGAUCUCGCGACACAUAUACCUAAAGAAGAGCUCGAUAAGAGUGGGAUGUCUACAUGUGAGAGAACCUGAUAGAUCGACAAAGCUCGGUAUACAUAUUUACGACGGAUCGUAGCUUCACCUAUAGUUUCAAAAGAUAAGUCACUAGCAUACGUAUAAACUGAAACGAUAAAUUAAAGUUGGAUGUAUUCUUGGUCAUCCAUGGAAAGCAUGGAGAUGUGUAAUUAGACAGCAGAAAAUUCCAUUACAUUCAGUUUUAAUUUGAAAAUCAAAAUAAAUCAGACUGUCUGUGUCAUUGUAUAUCAGUCAUACAAUUUUCGGUAGCUCUUGUUAUAUAGCCGCUAUGCUAACUUGAACGAUAGCACAUUCACUAAGCUGUCGUACGACAUACAAAAACAAAAUAUACAUCGCAAGCUAGAUGUAUAAUGACAACUAUUUUUUUCAAAGAAAUCAAGGUCACAUUAGUUAGUACGCCUGUAGUGUGAUUGCUAGAUAAUAGUUUGAUCAUGCAAUCGAGUAACGGUAUCUAGUUAAAAUUAGUUAGGUAUAUCCAAUUCAUGCUGUAAUUACCAAAGUUUCGUGUUCGCAUCGGUAGUAAAGCUGUUGAUGCAUGUCCAACACACCUACAGUUUAGAUGGCUGAAUUAAAGGAUACAUCCAUUUAAUCGCAUGAAUUUUGAGCAACUAUUGUAGAUACAUUGCAAAAUAGGCAAUUGAGAAUAUUAAAAUGGCAAAAAGACUUACGGUUUUCGAAAGCCCUGCAAUAAAAAGCAAUACAGAUAAUACUGAUCUUAAGGAUAACGCUUAUACUCUUUACGUAUAUUUGAUGAUAAGAAUGAGAAUUUAAGUAUGCAACGAAACAAUAGAUGUAGAUGUCAAUUCUUAAAAUUAUAACGUUUUCAAAUAACAAUGAUGCCUCUCUUCAAAAGCUGAAUAAGACAAAUUACAAGACCUCUUUGACGCAUUCAUUUCGUACUUCGUACAAAAGAUAUUUUGCAGCUGAUAAUGACAUAAUCGUACUGAAAUCAGCGUUAAAUCCCUAACCUUUAUCAAAAGCUAUAUACAUGCUGAUACACAAAAUAUGCUAUAUAUCAAGCGCAAACGUUCUCUUUUGGAGAGAGGUAUUUAAAAAGCUACAAGAUGUUACCACUUUCAUACAAAGUGAUGUAGGAUAUUAGGUCAAACCUACUGUAUAGUGAAUUUUUUAUUAGUAGACGAUUUAUUUAUUAUAUUUAUUGUGUUUACACGUAGCUUAUUCAUAUAUUUAUACCAUGUAGGAUAUUCGUUCUGUGUUAUAAUUUAGUGAGACAACGAACGUUUCGUUUUUUAGUCAAGUCAUUAAAUGUUUCCGGAAUGUGACAGAUAUACAAGUAUAUUUUUGAAAGUGAACAUAUUUUGAUAGGAAUUUUUAAAAAAUCGGAAUAUGAGAUGGGAACAUUAAAUGGCUUUUGCACUGAUUUUUUAUGUGUGGAAACGAGUUAAAUAUUGACAAGAAGGUAUAAAGCAACAUUCAGAUUAAAGCAAACAAAAUGGCAUUGUCAGUUUCAGUUUUCGUACCGUAUUAACGAGUCUUAACAUGACGAAAAAAGUCAUUAUUAAAUUUGGCUUGAUCAUAAAAUCGAAAUUGUUUAGGUUCACGUUUUCGGAGCAUCUGAACGAAAUUGAUCUCUCAAAUGAAAUAAAUGAAUGGGACCAAAAGUACAUUAUUUCAUCACCUGGAUCUUUUCUGAAGAAUUUUCUCUGAAUAUACGUACGGCAUUUCGCGUGUAAUAUGUUUGUGCGAAAGACCUUUACACUUUCUGCAUUUAAAUAAUAUUUUCCUCGACAAUUUUUAAUUCGUUUUCCUUUAAACGUCUAGUCAUUACGUGUGGUGGCCAUGUAUAGUAUAUAAUUUGCAAGGCACGUUUUUAUACGUAUACGUAUAUAUUUAUUAAAAUGAAACAGAAUUUUUCGAAGCAUGCAUACCCUAUUCCAGUGAAUAUACAAGUCAAAU